UCUAGCCAGCAAGCCUCGAUGAGAGAUUAAGAUUAAACAGGAACGUGGGUCUUUCAGGCUAAAGGCUCGCAGAACCCCCGGGAUUUGAGUUGUUUGAGCAUAUAAUGUGACAGUUCUCCACGGGGGUCCUGUGUCUUCCCCAGUGAAUCAGGAUUCGAAGCUUGUGUUGAACCAUACCUUGGCGUAUCUUCUCCUGGUCUCCUUUCUCACCUUAGCCUCAUUGUCGCUUCCCACUUUAACCUAAACCGAUCCUAUUACUGGUCAAUAUGCACUUCCACCGUCUCCUUGUCUUGGCCGCCGGGCUCCUGACCACGGCAACAUCGGCACCCACCGAACUUUUCAAACGCGAUGCCGCAGGCGUGGUAGAUGCAGUGGCAGAGAUCGCAGACAAAAUGACGACCCUGAAUACCACUGUGACUGGUUACAAAGGCGGAGUGCUCGGAACCGGAACAGCCCUGAAGAUCGAGUUCCAGUCCGUGCAACUCAGCCACGCCCUCAAAGAUGCCAUCUCGACCACCGAGGAUUCCCAGAACUUCACCGGCGAUGAGUCCAACAAGGUGGCCGCUGCCUUUAUCGAUCUGCAACCGAAGAUCUCUUCGACCCUCGACAACAUUGUCUCCAAGAAACCCCAGUUCGACACCGGAUUCCUCGGCAUCGGGUCUGUCUCAUUCUUAGUGAAGUGGAACUUGCAGCAGGAGAAGGACUUGUCGGCGGAGUUGGGCAAGGCUGUUGUUGCCAAGUUGGCGGAGCCGUAUGCUUCGGUUGCGCCAAUACUGAAUGAUCAGAUCGCUGCUGCUUUUGAGAAGGCGCUUGCUGCUUAUAAUUAGGUGUUAGGGAGGAGGAGCAUGGCAGGGAUGUUUUCUUUCUGGCAUAUUCUGUGAGAACCUAUGAUCUGGAAACUAGUUAAUCGUGGAAUUAGGCUCAGUGUAAG